CCAGACAGUCGGUAGCUAAAGAGUGUGAGUGAGUGUGCGAGUGUGAGUGAGUGUGCGAGUGUGAGUGAGUGUGCGAGUGUGAGUGAGUGUGCGAGUGUGAGUGAGUGUGCGAGUGUGCUCGGAUAACGUCAACUCCCCGGCAGGAUCUUCUGACCAGCUAAGACAUCUACUGUGAACAUCCGGAACCUUCCCCUCCAUGUCGGAAGACAAACGCCUCCUUCGCAGACUGUGGCCCUGCUACUGCACCCUCGCGCACACACACACACACGGCUGAUCUCAGCUGCAGGUGUGAGUGUGUGGACGUGGGGAGUGUGUGGACGUGGGGCCCUCUCAAACAGCCCUCUAGGUCACAUCAACCUGCUGUAUUCCCAACCUGCUCGCCAGACUCACUUUACAGCACUCUAAUAACCAGUCUCUCCUCUGAGGUGUGUGUGUGUCUCAGAUAUGAAGACAUUUAUCAUCUGCUACACACACACACACACACACACACAGCAGCUUUAUCCAUAAAACACGCUGAGAACUCAGAAGGUCAAACCCAACUACAGAGAAGGCCAUGCUAACUAAUGACAGUGUGCGUGUGUGUGUGUGUGAGAGAGAGAGGGUGAUUAUAUCCGUGAUUACCAUGGCGCAGCAUGGAGAGAGGAGAGGCAAGGCCAUAGAGGACAGGGACAAAGCUUGGGCAGUUCCUAACGUGUGUAUGCGCGUGUGUGGGGGGGAGUGUGUGUCCGCGGGGCGCGGGCAUCCGGGUGUGUGCGGAGGAGGGUUCAGUCAGUAAAUCCAGGUCUUUCCAGUCCUAAUCUCCCUUCUCUGGUGACGGCCCUCCUUCCUCCCAUUCCUCGGUUCCAGCCCUGGGCCACCUUUUCGACAGCGGGCACAGGCCUGGAACCCGCCGGAAUCAGGCCCCGACUUCCUGCGCCAACGGCUGGAGCUACUGGACACACUGGUCUGAGGUGACAGAGGCAGGGGUUCCCACCCUCUCUCGCGCACAAAUGCAAAUUCCCUAUCGCAGGCGGCAAAGUACUAAAACAGUAUGACGACUGUUAUCCCUGUGACAUCCAUCCGACGUGAGCUGAAAGAUAGUCGUAGUUGUUUCCGGAUAUUCCCCAAAAAUGUAUAAUCUUGUUCGGGACUCUCCUGUUUUUUUUUUGUUUUGUUUUUGCACGUCUCUUUCCUCCUUCACUCCCCAUCCUCCUUUUGUUCCCGCCCCAUUCCUACCGUCUCUCUUUCGCUCUCUCUCUCUCUCCCUCCCUCCCUCCAUUUCUCUUCUCUCCGCCCCUCGUUUUCCAUGCCUUAUGCCCAGCGUCUGGGUCCACACCAGAACCUCGCCUGACACACAGGCAGUCCAGACCAGUCCGGACCAGUCCAGACCAGCCCAGACCAGCCCUUCACCCUCACCAAGAGCCAGACCAGGACCGUGGGACCAGCCCAUCCAUCGCAGACCUCCAGCCAUCCAGCCAGCCAGGAGCAGCAGGCAUCGAGCAGCCUCUCCACCUUCCUCCUCCACCUCCUGUCCUCUAAAGCAGGUCACCCGGAUCUCUGGUCCUCCUCCCUUCCUCAUCUCCUCCUCCACCACCCCCCCCCAGGUUCCAUCUCGGCCCUCCAGCUUCCCCGGACACGCCUGCGCCGACCUCCCGCCGCCACUAGAGGGAGCUGCCGCUCCUGCUCUCUCGCCAGUGGCCCAGGCCGUCCCCACAGGCCUUUCACCACCUGGCCCCCCAGCGACGAGCCUCCCGCUACGUCAACCGCCCCCCGCCCCUUCCUCCUCCUCCAGGCCGGCAGCCAGACCACAUGGAGAAGGUGCAGCACAUGACCCGCUCGGCCUUCCGGCGGGCGUCCAUGGCGGUGGAGGUUCCUCCGCAGGCCAGGCAGAACAUGCAGGAGCUCUUCGUCAACUUCUGCCUCAUCCUCAUCUGCCUGCUGCUCAUCUACAUCAUCGUCCUGCUCAUGUGA